AUGGAGUCAUUUAGCUAUUUAACAGUCACUGUAUCUCUGCCUCAACUUCAUAAUCAACCCACAGAGCUCUUUUAUAGCAGAGAUGUAAGCACAUUCUAUGGCCCAUCAGGACCACUUCAUUGCUGUCAUGCAAUGAAAUGUUCUAAUGACUUGAUUGGAAAACUCGCCGCAACUCAUUCACUACAGAGGUUGCCUGAAUGCCCAGAAUGGCGUUUCGGAAAAUCACGCAACUGGCAGAGACCCAGGAACAAGUUCUUGCUUCCUUGGCGUUAG